CUGACACCGGCCACACAAACAGGAGUACCUGUGUCCAACAAAGCUGUUUGUUCAGAGGAGCAUGUUGUGACAGCCAUGUCACUGGAGAUGGAGAAAACCAUCACCAAGUUGAUGUACGAUUUCCAGAGGAACUCCACCUCUGACGAUGACUCUGGAUGUGCACUGGAAGAGUAUGUCUGGGUUCCCCCCGGCCUCAGUCCUGAGCAGGUGCAUCAGUAUUAUAACUCCUUACCAGAGGAAAAGGUUCCCUACAUUAACAGCCCCGGGGAGAAGUAUCGCAUCAAGCAGCUGCUUCACCAAUUGCCACCACACGACAAUGAGGUACGUUACUGCAAUGCGCUGGACGAGGAGGAGAAACGCGAGCUUAAGCUCUUCAGCAACCAGAGGAAGAAGGACAACUUAGGCCGAGGCAACGUUCGUCCUUUCCCCCUCACCAUUAACGGGGCAGUCUGUGAAAAGUGUGGCACUCAGAUAAAUGGAGGGGACAUAGUAGUUUUUGCUGCCAGGGCAGGGCAUGGAAAAUGCUGGCACCCUCAUUGCUUUGUUUGCUGUACAUGUGAGGAACUGCUGGUGGAUCUCAUAUACUUCAACCAAGAUGGCAAGAUCUACUGUGGUCGGCACCAUGCUGAGAGGCUGAAACCCCGCUGUUGUGCCUGUGAUGAGAUCAUCUUUGCUGAUGAAUGCACUGAGGCAGAGGGCAGGCACUGGCACAUGAAGCACUUCUGUUGCUAUGAAUGUGAGACCACACUGGGUGGACAGCGCUACAUCAUGAAGGACGGACGGCCACACUGCUGCAACUGCUUCGAGUCUCUCUAUGCAGAGUACUGCGAUGCAUGCGGAGAGCACAUAGGCAUUGACCAAGGCCAGAUGACAUAUGAUGGGCAGCACUGGCAUGCAACCGAGGAAUGCUUUUGCUGUGCACGUUGCAAGCGCUCGCUGCUGGGCCGUCCCUUCCUCCCCAAGCAGGGACAGAUUUUCUGCUCACGGUCCUGCAGUGCUGGACAGGAUCCAGAAGAAUCUGAUUCCUCAGACUCAGCCUUCCAGAGUGCUCGUUCUCGUGAGUCACGGCAUAGUACCAAGAUUGGGAAAAAGGAGCGUAAGAACGCCGAGCAGGAUCGACGGAGUGCUGAGGCCCGCCAGUCAGCUCCUCCACCCAUGCCUGAUCGUCUGUCUGCUGAAAUCGAUCCCCUUUCUGUUCAGAUGGACAGAUUAAGCGUCUCGUCUAGCCAGACCCCCAGCAGGACACCAAACCGCACACCCAGCCGCACUCCAAGCCGAGCUCCAAGUCUUAAUCAAGUGUGGAUGAGCAGGGAUGACCCCUAUAUCCCUGCAUCUUAUGAAGGGCCUCAGCGGGAUCCUUCUCCCACUCCUGCACCUUUACAUCUGCUGGGCCAGUGUAAUGCAAGGCAGGGAUACAAUCCCAACUCUAAUGCUCAUCCACCAGCCCAAAGCCCAGCCAAUCCAGGGAAGAGACCUGAUUCCUGGGGGAAGGAACAAGGCAAUCCAAAGAGGACCCCCAUGGCUGCACUGAGAGGCCAGUCCUUCAAUGAAAACUGGAUGCACCACAGCCAAGAUGAGUUCAGGCCCAACAAACUGCGUACUCAGAUGAGCUUCAACGAGAUGUCUAGCCAGAGCCAAGGCUUCUCAGACAAGAGGAGCAUCAGUCUGCACGGAUUCAAGAGAGAUGGCAGACCCCCACUGACCAGGAGGAACCACAUCACUGCCAUGAGUUUCAAUGAGCCUCUCACUCCUCUAGAACAAACCCCACGAGGAUCCAUGGACUCCCUCACUAUGUCCAAUGCUACAGGUAACUCCCUGGAUGGAGUCAGUAAGCGUCAGGAGCAUCUGUCCAGGUUCUCCAUGCCUGAUCUGAGCAAGGACUCGGGUGUGAACGUGUCUGAAAAAAGCAACAUGGGCACCCUCAGUUCCUCAGUCCAGUUCCACAGCACAGAGUCACUGUCCUCUUCUCGACCCUACAACAACAACAUGUACACUCCACUGAGGGUUGGGUACCCCCUGCAGUACUGGGACGGCCCGCAGCAGAUGGGCUUCGACGACAAAGGUCGAGUUGGGGUGAUGGGCAGCAGUGGAAACCUACGGGUGGCCCCAAUGAGUGACAGGAUGCCUCGCCGACGCAUUAACGGGCAGGAACCCGCAACCCAACAACAACAGCCACAACCAAGACGCCGCAAACACCACCGCGGAAACGGCGGCAAUGGGCAGCACCGCAGCGGUCGCCACCACAAACGCUCCCGCCGUUCCCGGUCUGACAAUGCCUUGCACCUGGUGGCGGACCGUCCCGCGCAGUUGAUGGAGCUUCCCUACCGUCGUGUUCAGGAGGAUUACGAUCGCUUCCCGGCCGGCCAAGCUGCCCGAGAGCUGUACGGUAUGGAAGCUGGCGGGUACAGACAGCAACCGCACCGACCCUGCCCACGCACCACCUCCGAUCUGACCUUGCAGAAUGCUGGCUGGCAGCCCGUAGGACUGGGCGGGCCGUGCUGGGGAGAGGGUUACGCGGAAGCUCAUGAUCCCUGGUGCUCCAGCUGCUCUUCUUCCUCCGAGUCUGAGACAGAUGAGGGGUAUUUCCUGAGUGAACCGAUCCCUCGGCCCGUGCAGCUUUGCUACAUCAAUAACGAGGAGCUGCGCCAUCGCUACACUCCUUCUGGGAUAGGUGGCCAUCAUGGACCACUCCACGGACCAAUUCAUGGCCAGCUGCACACCCGCCAAAGGAGGAAGAGCAAAAACUGCAUUAUUUCCUAG